UUUUACUUGCCAAACUUGUCAGAAAUGUUAAAUGUUAUUUAGUGUUAAAUCUCUCAUAAUGUGUUUCUCUUGCACUUUUGAUAUUUGGUGUUUGAAUUUCUUUGUUGCUGAAUAAAUGAACAUGUGUGUGUGUGUGUGUGUGUGUCAGGGCUUCAUGGACCUGAACAUGACAGAGUUUCAGAAGCUGGGUCCCAACGUGACGGGCCUCCAGCUGGUGAACUGGUCCAAUCCCGCUGUGGAGAAGAUGGACCGGGACUGGCUGGAGUUCGACAGUAAAGACCUCAAACUGGCCCGCAGGAGGCUCAGGUACACUGGAGCGCUGACCUACGACGGGGUCAUCGUCAUGGCGACGGCCUUCCAGAACCUGCGUCGGCAGCGCAUCGACAUCUCUCGCCGUGGCAACGCGGGGGAGUGUCUGGCCAACCCGCCGGCCCCCUGGGGCCAAGGCAUCGACAUCCAGAGAGCUCUGCAGCAGGUAAACACAGCGUCACAGGGGCCGGGGGGGCCGCCAAGCACCCGCAGUAAACCUGUUUGUGUGUGUGUGCGUGUGU